UAUACCUAAUUCAGAUGAAAGGCUACCUGAAAAGUAGUUCUUUUCUAAUAGUCCUCUGCCUUCUCUUCUCCGAUUCACAUGUGUGAUUUUGUGCAUCACCGAAUUGAACUUCCGUGUGCUUCUCUCCUGUUUCGUUGUUAUUUAUUGAUUAAUUGAUUCUGAAAUCAGGUUGAUAGUUAGAGAGAGAUAUGGAUUCUACCGGAGAUAAAAAAAGUAAGAAUGGUGUGGAUGGUAUACCGAAUAUACCGGUGAUUACUCGUGAACAACUUCGUGAUUAUUAUCGACGCCCCCAGUCAUGUCCAAUAGUUGGCGGAUCUCCACCCUUUCUGAUAUGUGAUGAGGGUAAUAAACAACGUAUGACUGAUUUGGCUAAGCGAUGCUUGCAAGUCUACAAUGACCAAAAUGAGAAGAGGUUCGAGUUUCUUAAGCUUCUCAAUGUUGAGAGGCAGUGUGUUGCUGGCUCUAAGUUUUACAUUACUUUUACUGCACGCUCUGCUGAUAAUGCAUUUGAAAUCUUUUGUGGCCACGUAUGGCACAAAAUCGAUGAUACCAUCCAAGUCACUCGGAUUGCUACUAAGCAGCUAUCAAUACCAUCAUUUAUCCAUAUUUAA